UGACCCUCACGUGACCACUGACGCAGCGGCUCACAUGAUCAAGCCUGCUGAUCCGAACCGUCUCUCGGUGGUGCUACUGGACCAAAGCAGCUGGCUAUGGCGGGUCGAGGCAAACUGAUCGCCGUGAUCGGGGACGAGGACACGGUGACGGGCUUUCUGCUCGGUGGGAUCGGGGAGCUGAACAAGAACCGAAAGCCGAACUUCCUGGUGGUGGAGAAGGACACGAGCAUCACGGAGAUCGAGGAGACGUUCAAGAGCUUCCUGGCUCGGAGCGACAUCGCCAUCAUUCUGAUCAACCAGUUCAUCGCCGAGAUGAUCCGGCACGCCAUCGACGCCCACAUGCAGUCGAUCCCGGCGGUGCUGGAGAUCCCGUCCAAAGAGCAUCCGUAUGACGCGUCCAAGGACUCCAUCCUGCGCCGGGCCAAGGGCAUGUUUUCUGCAGAGGAUUUCCGAUAAACGGCUGAUUAACGAGCUGAGUGUGUUGAUCCGCUGGUUAUUUACACGGCAUGUCGUCUGAGAUUUCCAGGAACUGGAUGCUCAGUUUUCAUGUGACUGUGUCGUUUUUUUGUGUGUAUUUCUGCAGUUGUUCUCCUCCCAUCAGUGUUUGUGCAGAUGUGUUAACUUAUAAAAUGUAAUAGAUGUUGGAAUUAAUAAAAUAUAUUUGUGAUUGUGGA